AAGUGGCCUAGCCUCGUUGGCAUUCCUUGUGGUCGUACUAUUCCAUGAAAAAAAGAAAAGAAAAAAAGAGGCAAUCUAAUCUACUUCUGAACCAACCAUCUUCAUCUCCCACCUUAUCCACUACACCAUAUCAUCUUUAUACUUACCAAAACAAAACACCUCGAACACAAAGAUCAUUCAAAGUUCAAACACCACUGCAUACAGGAAAACCAAACAUGGCGACUGCCUCAGCUACACUGUCUCCAGCAACAUUUGUAGCUGCGUCGUCAGUUUCUAGCCCCAGGAGGACGACAAGGAAAGUUAAUUACUUGACAGGAAUGAACUCCUUUGCCGGGCUGAAAGCGAGCAACGGCGUCGUUUCGCUUGGUCUCCCGGUGUGUGCCGAGCAGUCGUUUGAGAAAAUUAUGAUGUCGUUUAGAGCUCCUUCCAAGGGAAAAAGCAGAGGCGGAGGCGGGGCCCUUUCUUCGACUUGCAAUGCCGUUGCUGAGAUCUUCAGGAUUGCAGCGAUCAUGAAUGGACUUGUUCUUGUUGGUGUUGCUGUUGGCUUCGUUCUCCUCCGAAUUGAAGCCUCUGUAGAGGAAGCAGAGUCCUGAGUUUGUCUUAAAAGACUUCUUAUAUUUUGUUAAUGUUGUUCUUGUUUGAAAUCUCUAAUAUGAUUCUACAAUUCUUGUAGACAUUACUGGUAAUAAAUAUUGUAAUAAUUAUUGUUUUUUUUUU